ACACAGCAAUCAGCAGCUGCGAGUACCUGUCACGAAUUGACAAACAAAUUGAUAGGAAGGUCUCGUAAGUUGACGACUGAUCUUGUUCAUCAUUUCAGGUCAGAAAAUGGGCGUAAUAACGUCCUGAAAUGAAAAACAUCCAUGUUACAACAUGAGCAGCAACAGAGCUACGAUAGACAAAACGUACACGAGUUUUUAGUUCUUCGACUUUCUCAAGAAAUAGUCGGCAGUGAAGGCUACCAGAAUCUUUGUCAGUGGACAAAUGGCAGCUUUGUUCAAGAUGUCCAGAAAGCACAGAGAAUAUUGAACUUUCUGAACUUAGAUGUAAGUGGUGGAAACACAUCUAACAAAACAGUUACAUUUGCUGAUGCCAUCUUCAUCAAUGAUGAUUAUAAUGAUGUAAGAUGGACUACUAAGAAAUAGCUGCAGCUGUUGGAGCUGCGCCAUUGUUACUUGCAGCCGCUCCAGUUGCACUUGCUGUUGGGGUCAUUGCCACUCCUUUCUAUGCACUGAUAAAGCUAGCUCAGUCUGUAAAGCAGAAGUCCUUCAAAGCAGCAGUGACACAUAUGAUGAGUUCCUAAACCAAUGCUAAGCAAAAGACUCGAAAAAUCUCCAUGACCUCAUUUUGAUUUUACUAGAACAUUCCUGUGCUUCUGUGAAAUUGUCAGAAAAGACAUUCCUGAUCAACUACGCAGAAUUCGCGGACAGUUGACUGCGCUUGAGAAGCAACAGGAAGUUCAUAUUCCAAGGUACAAGGCGUUGCAGUGCAAGUGUCAAGAGCAAAAAUUUGAGUUGGCAAAGUUUAACUUGCAAUUUUAUGUUCACCGCUAUACCGCAAGCGAUCUCACAUGGUCCCAGCAUGAUAAACCAAUAGGUUCUUGCAGUUUUGGUGCAGUCUAUAAAGUCAUUCUUCCUGGCAUGAAGCAAGCUGCACUAAAAUUUCCAGAUGAUGUCACUACAAAUGCAAAAGCUCCUGAGUUCAAGAGAGAACUGGACACUUCUAGCAAGUGCAGUCACACAAACAUUGUGAAGUUUUAUGGAACAAUACAGGUCUUAGCAAACCCACUAAAACUGGGAUUGCUUUAUGAAUUGUGUGACAGCAGAAGCCUGGCAAACGUCAUUACAGAUGUCAAACGAGAACCUGCGUAUACAGUAACAGGAUUCUCAUAUGCUCAAGAUCUUGCACUAAAUAUAGUGAAAAGUCUAGACUAUUUGCAUGGAAACAAUGUCAUUCAUCGAAAUCUAAAACCAGAAAAUAUUCUGAUUACUGCUCGAAACGAAGUCAAGCGUGCAGAUAUUGGUCUGGCCAAUCACAUAAGGCAAGCAAAGAGUACUGUGUGUGAAAUCUAUGCACAUAUGGCACCUGAGAUAAUGAGCGGAAAGCCCUACACGCGGUCAGUGGAUCUGUUCAGUUUUGGAAUCAUCAUGUGGUCAGUGUUCAAGCCUGUGCUACAAAACGGGAAAUUUGACAUGUAAUGUGUAGUCUUGAAAACCAAAUGUGGCAGUAUCAUAC